GGGCAUGGCCGCUCUCAGGAUCCUCUCUGGUAUGGUAUACACAAUUAACAUAAUUGAAGUCAUGCAAAACACGGCACUUUAAUACAUUCUUUAUACGUUUGUGUUAAGAUGUGUUAAAUAAUUGGAAAAUACUACGAAUAUAAGAUUUGGCAGAGAUAGAGAGAGAGAGAGAGAGAGAGAGAGAGAGAGAGAAAGAAAAGAAGAUUAACUAAAUAUUUGGUGAAGCAACCAAAAUAAAAGGAUGGCAAGUACAGCUGAGAAAAAAUCUGAAGUGAACUUACUACCAUGCACCUUCAAAUUUCACAAUUUUGUUGCUAAAAUCAGUGAUAUUAAUAUUAAUUGUCAAGUAAUAAAGAUGGAAGAUUGCUUGUAUCUGUGGAUUGGGGAUUUCACUAAUGGCAGCAUGGGAGAUCUAUCCUUUGCUCUCACAUCAAAUCUUGAGAGACAGCCCAUUUCGACCAAGAUCAUGGGUUCGUUUUCGGAUGCAACAUCCAUGAAUAUGGCUAAGAGAUUAAGCAUGAAGUUUGGAAAACCAAUAUAUGUUAGUUUUAAUAUAACUCCAAAUAAUAUAACAUUGCCAGGAAUCGAAAGAAGAAUCCAAGAGGAGUUCAAAACACAUGCAGAUCUAUUAAGUUUUUGACUUUGAUAUUAUUGAUAAAAAGAAACUCUUGAAAUAUUUAUUUGAAUAUAAUUUUGUAUACUGUACCUUUAAUACUUGAAGUUAUUUAAUACUACUAUUAAUAUGUAGAAAUUUUGGAUACGGAGGGUAAUAUGUUCACUAUAUUUAUAUGUGAAAACAAACUAGCAAUUACUAGUUUAUUAAUAAAAAAAAUAAUCAAAUACAA